GCACUGUAUGGUGGAUCAAGCUCUGCAACCAUUUGGACCAUACGAAAAGUAUUUUGCGUAUGCGCUUGCCUCUUCGCAUUCCGCAGUAUCCCCAUUCUCUGCAGUGUGCGCGCUGAAUACGAGCAAUGGUGGAUUGAUCACCAACCAUUUCUUCAAUCAAGAGGCUAUCAACUCCGUCGUCGAUAUCAUGCGGAUUGGACUCCGUCAUGGAGACUCCCAGGGGCCACAGUACGGAUGGAGCACAGCGAGGACGGUAGACAUGGACUAAACGACUUGGUGCUGGAUGCCAUACGAGUAGAGGAUGGUGCCAAGGUCGUCCUCAAGCGCGUAGAUACGCGCCGCAUAGAACUGUCGCUUAUUCAGUAUCUCAACUCUCCAAAUUGUCGACACCACGCUCACAACAGGACGGCACUACUUUUGGAUACUAUUCCAGUACCCGAUGACGACAACACUGCACUGAUUGUCAUCCCAUUUCUCAGAGUUUUCAACUCUCCAAUUUUCCGCCAUUUACAAGAGGUCGUCGAAGCUCUGCGUCAAUUCCUCCAGGGGCUAGUAUUCAUGCAUUACCACUCCAUAGCUCAUCGCGAUGUUUGUCGGACGAACUUGAUGAUGGACGCAUCCAGGGUGGUGCCAGGUGGGAACAGUUUCGCCAGACCACAAUCCGAGGAACACGACUUCAGCCUCCAUUUUCGCUGGAAAGACCGAUGCUCUGUUGCACCAGUUGCUUACUAUUUUAUUGAUUUUGGUCUUUCACGCUUUUUCCCUCAAGGCGUGGAAGCUGCAGCAAGCUUCGGCAGGUAUGGACAGGAUCGCACAGUCCCAGAAUUCAAGUGGGACGUUCCUCACAAUCCGUUCAAAGUAGACAUUUAUCAACUAGGAAACACAUUCCUCAAAGUUCUCGCCCGCUAUCCCGAGAAUCGGCAACAUCUUCUACCCUUGUUGCGUUCGAUGACCGCUGAUAGCCCAACCGCCCGACCGACCGCGUUCGAAGCAUUGACGGAACUCGAGGCAUUGAGCGGGCACAUCCCAGCCGACGAACUCAUGAAACCCAUGACAUAUGAAGCGGACGAAGACUCGCCGGAUUCUGAAGAGGAGGACCUGGACUAUGAGAUCACGUCUGAAUGA